GAGAGAGAGAGAGAGAGAGAGAGAGAGAGGAGAGCGCUGCCUUCUAGCUGCUAAGACAGCGGACAGAAAUAGCACAACCACUGUGAGCUGUGCGCGACUCAUUGUAUCCAAGACCACAUUUUAUCUACGUUCAUUAAUCAGUUGCUCAGAAAGAAGGAAAUGACAUCUGGUCCAUUCUUCUUCUGCGUCUUCAUUAUUGGAAAAUAUUUCACUCCUGGGAUUGCACAGGAUGUCAGCUGUCCCCUUGGUUCCUUCCCCUGUGGGAACAUCACCAAGUGCUUGCCCCAGCUGCUUCACUGCAACGGUGUGGACGACUGUGGGAACCGAGCAGACGAGGAUAACUGCGGAGACAACAAUGGCUGGUCUCUACAAUUCGACAAGUACUUUUCUAAUAUCUCCAAACUGACUCCACAACCCCCUUCUGCAUGCUUGGUUGGCUCUGUGCCCAAGCACUGUAUGUGCCGAGAUCUAGAGCUUGACUGUGAUGGAGCCAAUUUACGAGCUGUCCCGUCAGUUUCUGCCAAUGUGACUGUAAUGUCCCUGCGGCGGAACUUCAUAAGAACGCUCCCUCCCAACGGCUUCAGGAAGUACCGUGAGCUCCAAAAGCUGUGCCUGCAAAACAAUAAGAUUCGCUUCGUGUCCGUCUCGGCUUUCAGAGGACUGCGCAGCCUCACCAAACUGUAUCUCAGCCAUAACAGAAUAACCUUCCUGAAGCCGGGAGUGUUUGAAGAGCUGCACAGGCUGGAAUGGCUGAUAAUCGAAGACAAUCACCUCAGCCGAAUCUCCCCACUCACAUUUUAUGGACUGAAUUCUCUCAUUCUCUUAGUGCUGAUGGAUAAUGUCCUCACCCGUUUGCCUGACAAACCCCUCUGUCAGUACAUGCCCCGGCUACACUGGCUGGACUUUGAAGGCAACCAUAUCCAUAAUAUAAGAAAUUUGACUUUUAUCUCCUGCAAUAAUUUAACUGUUUUGGUAAUGAGGAAAAACAAAAUUAAUCACUUAAGUGAACAUGCAUUUACACACCUCCAGAAACUAGAUGAAUUGGACUUGGGAAGCAAUCGGAUUGAAAACCUUCCACCAAACAUCUUUAAGGAUCUGAAGGAGCUGACACAAUUGAAUAUUUCCUAUAAUCCAAUCCAGAAAAUUCAAGUAAAUCAAUUUGAUGAUCUUUCCAAACUCAAGUCUCUCAGCCUAGAGGGAAUUGAGAUCACGAAUAUCCAGCAGAGCAUGUUCAGGCCUCUCGUGAAUCUCUCUCACAUCUAUUUUAAGAGAUUUCAGUACUGUGGCUAUGCCCCACACGUGCGCAGCUGUAAGCCCAACACGGAUGGAAUUUCGUCUCUGGAGAACCUCUUGGCAAACAUCAUUCAGAGAGUCUUUGUCUGGGUUGUGUCUGCAGUUACCUGCUUUGGAAACAUUUUUGUCAUUUGUAUGCGACCCUACAUCAGGUCUGAGAACAAGCUGCAUGCCUUGUCCAUCAUUUCUCUCUGCUGUGCUGACUGCCUAAUGGGAGUAUAUUUAUUCGUGAUUGGAGCCUUUGACCUCAAGUUUCGGGGCGAAUAUAACCAACACGCCCAGCCGUGGAUGGAGAGCGCUCAUUGUCAGCUUAUGGGGUCUUUGGCCAUUCUAUCCACAGAAGUAUCCGUUCUGCUUUUAACAUUCCUAACGUUGGAAAAAUACAUCUGCAUCGUGUAUCCUUUUCGGUGUCUCAGGCCUCGGAAAUGCAGAACAAUCACGGUUCUGACUUUCAUUUGGAUUGUUGGAUUCAUAGUGGCUUUUGCUCCACUCAGCAAUAAGGAAUUCUUCAGAAACUACUACGGCACGAACGGAGUGUGCUUUCCACUCCACUCAGAGGACUCGGGAAGUACCGGAGCCCAGAUCUAUUCCGUGGUGAUUUUUCUUGGUAUCAACCUGGUGGCGUUCAUCAUCAUCGUGUUCUCCUACGGCAGCAUGUUUUACAGCGUCCACCAGAGCACCAUCACAGCGACCGAGAUCCAGAAGCAGGUGAAGCGGGAGGUGGUCCUCGCCAAGCGCUUCUUCCUCAUCGUCUUUACUGACGCGCUCUGCUGGAUCCCCAUCUUCAUCCUGAAAUUUCUUUCACUGCUUCAGGUGGAAAUCCCAGACACUAUCACCUCUUGGGUGGUGAUCUUUAUUCUGCCCAUCAACAGUGCUUUGAACCCAAUCAUCUACACUUUGACCACCAGACCUUUCAAGGAAAUGAUCUAUCAGCUCUGGUACAAUUACAGACAAAGAAGGUCUGUGGACAGAAAGGAGACUCCAAAGGCAUUCGCUCCCUCAUUCAUCUGGGUGGAAAUGUGGCCCGUGCAAGAGAUGCCCGCUGAAUUCAUGAAGCCAGCGGUUUUCACAGACCCCUGCAAUCUGUCACUGGUUUCUCAGUCAUCUAGACUCAAUUCUUAUUCAUAACUGGUUCUGGGAACCCUUUCUUCUCAGAGAAUACUGUGAAGUGCGUCUGGAAGGACUUGCUGAUAUGAAGUAAAAUGCCAUAAAAUGUAUAACUUAUGGUUAAGACAAGUUCGCUAACAGUGACGCAAGGCAGGGAAAGGUAACUGGUGUUCAUACAAAGAGAAGCAGCUUACUGACAACGUGUGCAUGGAUACUCGUAUACAUUUGCAUAGGAAACGAAGGGGACUCUUUUUCUAGCAUGCGUUUAUGCACACUGCAUGGAGGUAAAGUGCUGGACACACACAAUAUAAAGCCUCUUUAAUCUACGUAUUGUGUUUAACUGCUAACUACACAAAUCCUACCCACAGCUCCUAGAUUUCUCUGCUGUGCGUAUCAGCAAGCGUGAAGCCCAUAGACAUUUUAAAACUGAGGACAAAAGCUUUAUGGUACUCAGAAAUUAUAGCAUCAGAUACAAUGUGUGGAGCCACGGAGGCGCUCAGGGGAUAAAAGUGAUUACUUUACAAACGUGCUGACCUGAGCUCAAUAUCCGGAUCCCAUGUCAAGCUGGAAGGAGAGAUAGACUCUGAAAAAUUGACCUCUAAGCUCCACCUGUGUGACAUAGCAUGUGUGUGCACAUGUGCACAUCACGUACACGCAAAUUAUUAAUACGGUUGUAUGCAAAGCAGAAACAUUCUAUCUAAAAAUCCUCUGUAUCGUUCGUUCUCUGAGUCUCCAUGCUUGAGAGUCAACACAAUGUAUUUAUUCAAAGGAAGCUUUGCUGCCAGGUGUGGUGGACAAACCCGUGAUCCUCACGGUAGAGAGGAGGAGCACAAGUUCAAGGCCAGCCUCAGAAGCCUAGAAAGACCCUGCCUCUGACGUGCAAAAGUAGAGCCUGGGAGAGGGCUCAAUCGCUAACGUGCUUGCUGCACACACACGGGGACCUGAGUUUGAAUGUGGUAGAGCAUACCUAAAAUCCCAGUGCUGGGGAGGCAGGAUCCCCAAGGCUUGUUGAUCAGCUAUUGGGAAGACACCUAAUGUCCGCCUGACUUCCACACAAGUGUGCUCGCCCAUAUGCACAUACAUACAGACACCACAGAUGUACCCAGAGAUAAAGGAGCCAGGCAAGCUUUGUUAUCAAUUCAGAACCAGCAGUUUUGUCUCUCCCUAGCCACUUUUCUUUUGGCUUUUCUUUACGUGAGCACCAUAGUGAAGAAACAGGACAGUAGGUGGGAAUAUUGUAGAGGGGUGAGGCAGAAAAGGGAAAAUGAGGCGUUUAAAUCAAUGAGACCCAAUUCCGAGUCCAGGAGUAAACCUUCAUGUUUCCAUCAACUGAUUGUUUAAAAGGGUAACAAGUAUAACCAAAAUAAAUUAAAUCAGGAAGAUAUAAGCAACUCACAUACACAGCCAGCCAACAACACUCUAAAGAAAAGCUCCUCAACUGUUCCUCAGACAGGAAGUGAAGGCACACCAGCAAACUCACUCCAGGAGCCCAGCACAGCCCUGCCCCAAACCAGAGAAAAGCACAACAAAUAAAAACUACCUGGCAAACAUAGACACAAAGAUUCUCAGUAAACACCCGCAAGUCAAAGCCAAGAACAGACUGGGGAAAAUCAUGCACCUUCACCAAGUUUGUUUGAUCCAAGGAUGCAAGUUUGUUGGUCCAAUACACACAAAUCAAUAAAUCUACUAUAACACACAAGCAGAAAAGGGCAGAUCUCACAUGAUUAUUUCAAGAUAUGCAUAAAAAAAGGCCUUUGACAAAAUUCAACACCCUUCGUGAUAAAAACCCUAUAGAAACUAAGAGUAGAGGAAUAAAUGCCAAUGUAAUAAAGGUUAUAGAAAACAAAGCUUUAGCUGACUAAAUUAAGUGGGAAAUGAAUGAAAGAAUUUCCUUGGGGCUGGAGAGAUGGAUCAGAGGUUAAGAGCAUUGCCUGCUCUUCCAAAGGUUCUGAGUUCAGUUCCCAGCAACCACAUGGUGGCUCACAACCAUCUGUAAUGGGGUCUGGUGCCCUCUUCUGGCCUGCAGGCAUACACACAGACAGAAUAUUGUAUACAUAAUAAAUAAAUAAAUAUUUAAAAAGAAAAGAAUUUCCUCUACAGCAGGGAAUGAGAUAAGAGUGUCUAUCAGGGACCAUACAAGUGUCAUGGAUGGCAGGAAAACCACCUGCCUGAGGUAAAGAGGGAAACUCGAGGCAGCACCAAUUUUUCAGGCACUGGAACAAAACUUCCAGAGUAUACCUUGUGGUUUAUUUUUUUUACACACUUAGGCACAGUAAAACUUUGGAAAGAGGUUUCCAUGUGACGAUUAUCACAAUAAAGCUAGAGGCACAGGUUCAUAGACUACCUAGCAAAGUGGGAAACACCUGUGACCUUUGCAAUGUGUUCUAUUGACUGGUAAAGAGUGCUGAGGCUAGGGCCUGAGGAGGAAGCACUUCUCAUGAGCAUAAGCAAUAAUCUAAUGGUUUCUAUUGGAGGAGGAUACAAAGUACAUAGG